AUGAAUAGAUGGGAUGAGACCAAAAUCGCCUGUGUACCAAGAAAUAGGAAGACGGAAGAGGAAAGAGUCGCUCCGGUCGGUGUAGUGAAUGUUAAUAGAGAGUUAGUGGAGGUGCCGCGGCGGACCGGUGGGGGCGCCCGGGCGGCGGGCGGGGCGCAUUCCGGCGGCGCCGGUUCAAAGGCCGGCCCGCCCAGCGGAGCGCGGCGCACUGGGGCCACUUCAUGUGGCCGCAGAGCGCCGCCCGGCCCGUCGCGCCGGGGCAACGCCCUCCGAAGCAUCGCGCCCCCCCGCCCCCCCCGCCAGCGCGGGGAAACAGGGUCGGCGGGCGCGCAGGAGGAGCCGAGGCCUGCUGCUGCCGCCGCCGCCGCCGCUCUCGGCCGCCGCCGCGGCCGCUGCAAGUGGUUCAACGUCGCCAAGGGCUGGGGCUUCAUCACGCCCGACGACGGCGGCCAGGACGUCUUCGUGCACCAGACCAAUUAA